UCGUUACAAAUGAUCACGAGCCGGUUAGGAGGCAACAUAUAACGUUGGAGCAGGACCAACGGAGACACACAUAUAGAUACGUGCGCACACACGCGCGCACACACACAAGCACACACACACAUCCUCUGCAGCUCCGCGCAGGGUAUCGACAGCGCGGACUCGCCUGAGCCGGGAAAUCACCACAUUUGCUUUGGCACAACAGGGGACAAAAAAGCAUGACAAUGAUUCUUAAGACCUUGGUUUGUGUACUGGUGUUCUUUGGAACCAUGGCUGAGGGACUUGAGCGACAUGGCGCCAGUGGUCGAGUGCUUCUCCAGGUAACCCCUGACCCCCAGGAUCCCGACGCUUCGGCCAGUGUCACCCCACCACCCGACGGUCUAAGCACUGACCCCCCGGGCCCCGACACUUCGACCAGUGUCAGCCCGACGCCCGACGGUCAAACCACUGACCCCCCGGGCCCCGACACUUCGACCAGUGUCACCCCGACGCCCGACAGUCAAACCACUGCCCCCCCGGGCCCUGACACUUCGACCAGUGUCACCCCACCACCCGACAGUCAAACCACUGCCCCCCCGGGCCCCGACACUUCGACCAGUGUCACCCCGACGCCCGAUGGUCAAACCACUGACUCCCCUGGCCCUGGCGGUACAACCGAUGAAAGCCCGACAUCUGACGACACACCCACGACUGAAAGCACAACCACCCCAACUCAAGAAACCGUUCAAGAAGUUGCAAUCCGAAGAUCAGCAGAGACGGCCGUGGCGGCGUCCUCCACUGCAGCAUCGACGGCAGCGUUAUUGGCCAGCUCAGCUGCGGCGGCAACGGCCGCAGCUUCAGGGGGAUCCUCACAAGCAGAAGCGGCGGCGGAAGAAGCUUCGUCGGCUGCCGAGGAGGCAGCCGAUGCUGCGCUGGAGUUUUCACAAGGCGCAAUCAGUGCAACCGCAGCAGCGGAGGCGGCAGACAAUGCAGCGGCCGCUUCCGAAAUUGCCGCCACAAGAGCGCAAGAAGCUGCGGACGGAGCGAGCGGGGACCUGGCCCCGCUUGCGGGACAACUCUCGGCGGCGGCCCAAAACGCGGCAACGAUAGCGAGAUCAGCCGCGAUGACGUCUGCCCUAGCGGCAAAUGUUACGGGUUCUGGAGUCACGGCGGAAAAUGCAGCAUUGAUCAUCGAAGAGGCGAGAAAUGCCACUCGAGAGGCCGAGAUGGCAGCGCAAGAGCUACAAGAGUUGCUCAAUGAAGCAGACCUCCCGCCAGAUGUCGAGGCCAGCGUAAUACGGGCCAUUGAGGCGGCCAACAGCUCGGCUGCCUUGGCACAACAAACGGCAGCGCAGGCUCAAGCUGCGCUCGACACAGCAGACCGAGCUGUGGCGCCAACCGGAGGGGAUGCGGAAGCCGAGUUGGCUGGCGAAUUAGCUGUCCAACAGAUCCAGAGUGCCGCACAAAGCGCGGCGGCGGCGGCGGAGGCUGCCGGAGUGUCAACUGCGGCUGUCCAAGCCUCAAGGGAAGCCUCCCUGGCGGCGGUGGCAGCGAGCCUCGCCGCCUCGGCGGCGACCGUUACCGCGGCAGGCACGGGAGCGGAUCUCGACGAUCUCAUCGAUGCCGCCUUGGACAGCGCAGAUGAAGCAAACGCUGCGGCGUUGUCGGUGGCAAACGGAGAAGCGGACCCGGAGGAGGCUCGAGAUGCCGCGGCGAGAGCGGCCGAGGCGGCAGAAGCGGUGGCCGAGGCAGCGGAAGCGGCGUCGCCGUCAGGAGGCAUUGAUGCGGAAGCGGCACAGGUGUCGCUCGACGCGGCGGCGGUGGCCACGCAAGCGGCCAUGGGAGAUCCAGGAGAGUUUUCCAACACUGCAGAACAACUUUUGAUAGUGUCAAGAGAAGCCGAAGAGCUAUUUUCGCGCGAGCCGUCAUCCACGCUUACCCCGGAACAGUUUGCAGCCAUUCAGGGUGCAGGAGAGGUCGCGUUGCUGGCAGAGGUUGCCGCAAUCACCGCCGAAUCGGCAGACACUUUAUCAGGCACACAGAGUUUAGUGAGGGUUGCAAAUGUGACAACACAAUCGGCGAGGGACGUGGUGCAAAACCUUCCGGAGAGAACGGCACUCAGCUUGGCGCAGGAGUCAUUAGGGGUCGGCUUGACCGCCUCAGCCGCUGCUAUCACCGCGACGUGCUCGGCGGCGGCGGCGGCGGCCGGCUCAGGAGCAGAAUCGGCGGCCAGAGACGCGUUAAUGGCCGCAGAGGACGCGGCGAACGCCGCCAUCUCACUGACUAACAGUGAAGUUACCCUGACCUCGGCGGUGAACGCCGGACUCGCGGCCAGUAACGCAGCCGGCGACGCGGCCGACGCAGCCGCGGCAGCAUCUGAUAAUGGAUCAGCCUUGGACGUAGAAUUGGCAAACGUGGCCGCGGAGGCGGCCGGAAUCGCUUCCAGGGCGACGGCGGCGGCGCAAAACGUGGCCUCUGCCACCGUAUCGACGCAAACCAUCAUGGAGGCCCGCGAAGUGGCCAGGGAAGUCGACGUCGACUGGAGAGCCUUGACAAGCAGGUUGCAAGGCAUGUUGGACGAUGCUUCGCAGGGUAACUUUGAUGAGCUUAUAACUCAGCUGGCCGUCCUGAACGUGGCGUCAAUAACGCAGGCGUCCACCGAAUCUAGCAGACAAGCGGCAGACCUGGCUGUGAUGACGACCAUGGCGGGACGACCUCUCGACAUGGAGACGGCCACCAUGCGGUCUCUGGCCUACGUGGCGGCCUCGGCUGCCAAUUUCGCAACGAGGGCGGCAAACGCGUCCUUGAUCAUAUCGACGCAAACCAGCGGCGCCAGCGUCCCGAUGCUCUCAUUCGCCGGCACAAUCGCCGCCGCCGUGCUCGCGCUGGUCUUGUGACGUGCGUUUUAAAUCUUGUAAAUUUGUACAUUUCCACAAGAAAUACGUCUUUUCAUCUUUGUCUGACACUUGAUACUUCAUACGAUUCGUUCAGUUGCGCCGGCGAAAGAUGAACGUGCUUUUGAAAGUCAGUUCUAACGAAAGCGACAACGCGGGCACGAGUUGUGCUUCGACUUCUUUUGGGCCGGACUGCAAACGGCGUUUUGGAAUUGGGCGCAAGGCGAAAAUCAGAAUUCAUGAGCGCUAAAGGAGUGACGAGUUGGCCUCUCCUCCCACAUGAUCGUGAAGCCAAGCGGCGCGUCUGCUGGAAGAAAUGAUUGUGCGAGGCUUCCGAUGUUUCACAUGACGUUUACAAUA